GUGUACGCACACUGAUAUUUAUAUAAAAAGGAGUGAAAGCGAGGUGUCAGGGCAACGAUUGUAGGUGACUAAUUCCAGGUUAUAAGAUUCAACCGCUACAUUGCUUGAGACAGUCACCUGGUAAGGAACAAGCAGCCAUGUCAUCUAGUUCUCACACAGCAGAGAAAUCUAGCAGCAGUGAGUGUCAGAAAGAAAAGGACAUUCAAGGAUGUCACCAUGGAGAUACCAACACUGCCAAGUGUGAACAUUCUCAUCACCAAAUGGAUCCUGAAGUUGCAUGGCUGUAUGAAGCAACUCAUAAAGGAAAUAGACCACCAGAGGAAACAUGCAAAAUAUAUGAUCAACAUGCAGACGACUAUGAAAAGUUUGCAAGUAAAUUUACAUGUGAAGAAUGGUCCCUUGUUGUAACUGAUGUGAUAGAAACCAAGAUCCUGAAGGAUAAAAGUUGUAGAAUCUUAGAUGUUGGAGCUGGGACUGGUGCUAAUGGAAAUCUGCUACAAAAGCAUGGAUACACUAACAUUGAUGCUUUAGAUGGAAGUGAACAAAUGUUGGAAAUAGCCAAAACUAAAAAUAUCUACCAUAAUCUCAUCCAUAUUAUUCUGAAGGAUGGAGUUCGUAUUCCUAAUGUUGAGAAUGAUACUUACACUGCUGUUGUGAUGAAUGCAGUAUUUUGCCCAAAUCACUGUGAUUCGUCAAUCUUUCCUGAAUUAAUCCGGGUAGUCAAGCCAGGAGGAUACAUCUCUUGGUCUUUGAAAACUGAUGAAGAAACAGAUGUAGACAAGUUCAACAGUGAUGUAGAGAAGCUGUGUGAGGAACGAAAAUGGAAAAGUAUCUUUGAAAAAAUCCACAAAACAGAGUUUGGUGAUGAAAAGGUUGUCAUCAUGGAAGUUCUCUAAUAGUUUUUUCCAGUUUAUUUUCAACCUAAACAUUUUUGGCCAUUUAAUUUCAUAUAUACAUGAAGACAUAGUAAUUGUGCAUGACUUACUUUCUGUGACAUAAUGCUUUGCAUUAAGAAACGAUUUGGUACUUGAAUUUAUAUGUAUGUUAUCAGUGAAUGUUUUUCUUGAAUAUAUCUUACUUCUUAAACAAAAUAUAAUUUUUCUUAAAGUCCCAAAUAUAAAUUAAUAUUUAGUAUGAUAUAGAAAUGUAUGAUCAGCACAGUUGAUUUUUUUUCAUUUUCACUCUCUCUUAAUUUUAAGAAGUAUUAUCACAGUUUUAUAUACAUAUUGAUUCUCUACAGCACAACAACUGUAAAUGUAGGUUAUUUUAUUUUCCCUCAUGUUUAAGCUCCAUUUAGCAAUAUUUAUGUAUGAUUUAAGGCCAACAAGGGACCUGUUGAUCCAUUCCACCCACUGAAAUGAACUUUAAAGUAUAAAUAAAACACUCAGUCCCAGUCCUUAUCAUUCAAAUAUUUAUGAAGUCUUUCCUUGAAUUCACUUAAAUUUACCACAUCCACUACGUAUAAAGGAAACCCAUUCCAAAGCCAACCACCUUGUUAGAAAAAUAAUACUUUCUUAGCUGAAGAUGAUCUCUAUUCUUGUCAAAAUUUAUACUUGUAUCUUCUAGUCCUUCCAUUUUCACCAUUAAGUACAAAAAAAAGGAAAAAUCAACACUAUUGACAAACUUAACCUUAACAACCUUAAACAUCUCAAUUAGAUCCCCUCUAAAUGUUCUUUUUUCAAUAGAAAACAAUUUCAGCGAUCUUAUCCUUUCCUUGUAUGACAAUCUUUCUAUUCCUGGUAUCAAUCUAGUAGCACUCCUCUGAACCCCUUCCAACAAUUUAAUGCCCUUCAAAGGUAAGGAGCCAAAUGUGGCCCAACCAGUGACAUAUACAAUGAAAUUAUAGCCUCUUUAGUCUUGUAGUCAAUACUUCUGAAGGAACAAUCUGAAAUCCUGUUAGAUAUUAUGGUCAGUACAAAACACAGCUGUUGAUCUUAUUGUGUAGACAAGUUUGCAUUAAUUUUGCAUACUUGAUUAUGACAAAACCUUGUAGAAAUGUUGCACAUUUGCUGUUAUGUUAAACUUAUAUUAAAGUUCUUCUUCAUUACCCAUUCAAGCCAUUUCCAAGCAUUAUAAGUUUACAUUAAAUCUGGAAAGCUGUUAUGACUGGAAUGAUAUAUACAUAUACUCUUCAUACUCUCAUUUAUGUGAUAAACUACCUUCACCACCACAAUCAAUUCAUGUGUAAAACAUUAUUCUGAUUAAUGAUUUUUGUCUGGAUGUUUAAAGUACAAAAACAUUCAACAUCAUAAUCUUUCAUAAUAAUUACCAAAAGAGUUUUAAACUUGACAUUUGAAAAUGUAACUAGCAUGUUCUGUAGCAGAAAAGAUGUCUAACAGAAACAUUUAUUCUUCUAAAGAAUUGUUUCUGCAUACUACAUUAUAGUGCAUGAUUUAAACUCUUUUGAUACAUUUUUCAAUUGUAAUAAGAUAUACAUAAUUAUUGUUUGAACAUCAGCAACUUAUUUCUGCCUUUACUCUGUUGAAGUGUGGAAACUAAAAUAAUUAAAGGACCAAGUUUUUCUGUGAUGAGAUAGAUAUUUUUUAAAGUUAGUUGCACAUUUCACCAGUUAGAGUUCAAAACAUUUUGCACAAAAGUCUAAAUAUAAGUGAUAUACAUUCAGGGAAGUUAUUAGAACAUGUAGUAUUCAGUGCUUGAAGCAGUAUUAAUAGUUUAGAUUUCCAUUAAAUUGCAUGAUAUGAGCUGUACAUUUAAUUCUUUGCUAAUUCUGUAAAUUAACAGUUUAAAAUCAGACUUUAGUUUUUUAACUUUAAAAAAACACAAAAUUAAAUAUCUUUAUAAUUGAUAUUUUCACUAUUAGUUUGAUCCAAAACCUGUUAUUUGAAACUGUUAAAAUAGAUUUAUAUAUUAGCAAAUUAAUAAUUCUGUUAAAUGUUCUAUAAUUUUUAAAUAAAUCAUGUAUGAUGAAAAACACACGUAUGACUUUGUACCAUUUUACUUUACAAAGAGCCUUGUUGGUCUCAUGAUUCUGUUAAAAAGAUCCAAGUUUUGCUGAACUUAUAUGAAUUAAACAAUAUUUCACAAAAUUAUGUAACUGAAGCAAAUAAAAUAAACUGCAUUUUACAAGUAAU